CUCAUGUACAUGUGUCUGUGGGGAUAUUCACGAGGACCCCCUUUUUCCUGUCAGCUGUAAUUCAACUCUUCAACUGAUGGAGCACUUUUGGAUGCCUGGCCGUAUUUCCCAGGCUUAAAGGUAGAACAAAUAUUAUCUAACUAUUCUUCCUGUUGACUAUUUGGUGGCUUAUUGGAUGAUUUCAAAUCGUUACAUAGUACAGAGUAGGCCUACUAUCAUUCCUGAGUUAGGCCGUUGACUGUAACUGUUUUCUCUUGCCGUGUUUGUUUACUCAGUUUUGGGUUAAGUAACGCAUUUGUAGAACGACUGCAGAUCAGGCUUGUUUUUGUUUUGUACCUCACAACUUUUGCCUUUGGGUAAACAAUCAAAUUCGAAAAAUAUUUGAACUUUAAACACUUCAAGCAAAGUGCAACUAGAACAUUUUUUUAACAAAGAGAAACCUGUUGUGUACCAUCACACCUCCUCGUUGCAAGCACGCAUAAGCAUAGUCCAUUUCGAAAAAUAAAUUGUUAGAGUAACUCAGAGUCAAAUAAGGAAACGAAUCCCAAGUAUUCGAAUGAGCGCUUAUUAGUGCAAUACAGUAUAGACGCACAUUAGAUAUGAGUAGACAAACCGAGUCCAGUCUGAGCACCUGACGUUAUUCAAAGUAGUUGAAUAUAGAUGAGACAGAGAAUUGACAGCUGACGUGGAUCACAAACGUGAAUAGAACAGUAGGCUUAUGUAUGGUUGUUGCAGUUUGGAUAAUAUUGGAUAAUAUCGGAAAUAAAAGAUGAGACAUCAAUGUCAGAUACACACACAGACAUAUCAUCUUCUAUCGAGAAAUUGCCGACUAUCAAAAGUCAUUUAUUUGCAUAUGAUGUGCGUGUCGCUAUGGAAACGGAAAAUUACCUGAAACUUCUCCGGUGUUACAUGAGCUUAACUUUAUUACAAUGAACAGAAAGAUGUCCAGUCGUUCUCAAGACUCCAACCCAAUUUGUUCUGUCCUAGAGAUCUAUUCUAAUAUCUUGCGAUGUAUUCUUUACUUUUAAUUCUAUGGCUCACCAUUUCCAACUGCGGAUUCUCGUCAACGGAGUUCAAUUCCCUCAAUGGUCGGCACUUACAUGUCAUCUGGACAAAAUGGAGUGGCAACCCUAAAGGACUGUGGGGGCCACUCAAGGGUGGUGUCGCCCUCGAUUUCCUAUCUGCUCGCUUAAAUUUCACGUAUGAGAUGAUUCAAGUGACGGAAAACAAUUUCGUGCCGCAGGGAAAUGAGAAAGGACUUUUCAGAUAUUUGUGGGAUCAGGAAUGUGAUUUGCUUGUUCAUGAUGUGCCGUCGCUAUUUUACCGCAGUCGAAUUGACAUGACCAUUCCCUGGAUUUUCACGAAUUACGCUUUGCUUAUUCCCGUGGCUGGCGAUACGGCGAAUAUAAACGCCGCCAUCAAACCUUUCCAAUGGCCGGUUUGGUGGGGACUUGGAAUAUCCAUUGUUUGCGUGAUGGCUGUUUUAACUUCAUUGCUGCUCUUCUUUCCCCAUCAUCUACCUGCAUCGUUGGACUCUAACAGACAAGUGGAAACAACUCGUAACAAUUUGGGAAGCCUUCCCGUCAUUAAAGAAUUAUUGGGAAAGCAAUAUCUUUACGUCAUUGGCGUAAUACUAUCACAAGGUGGACUUUGUAUGUCAAAACGUUUAUCAAUUCGUUUGGUCGCUGGUGUUUGGUGCCUGGCCGCUUUUAUCUUCGUCCAGGCAUAUUCCUCGAUCUUAUUCACGUACGUAGUGACGCCAGUUAAUCUGCCGCUCGUCAAUUCCGUCCACGACAUUGUUGAACGAAACGAUAUUCGGUUGUUUCUGAACAAAGGAAUGGCCUUAGAUGUUUUUACUUCGGAACCAAACGGGACUGGAAUUUUUUUCAAAUUGGGCAACAAAUUGAAAUCCUUCCCCAAUUCCGGGAGAUGCGUUUUGUCCGAGUGCGCCAGCCAAAUUACACCCGGAUCAAGAAAUGUUUUCGCUCAUGCAGUAAAUUAUCUCAAGGACGUCAUCAAGGAAGAUUUUGAAAAGAGCGGGAAAUGCAAUUUGCAAAUAGCAAAAGAAGGUUUCAUGCCUAUACGUGUCUCAUUCGCCCUCCAACACAAUAGUCCUUACACCAAAAGUAUUAACAAAGGAUUAUUGGAAUUACAGGAAACUGGGUUAAUCGACUUUUGGGAUUCGUGGUUCCGUCCUAUGCCUCCCCAGUGUAACGGACGCGCCCCAUCCAAACCACCGAGAAACCAAUUGUCGUCUCUGUCAUUGAAAAAUUUAACUGGCGCAUUUUUGCUUCUCAUAUUUGGCCUGAGUCUUUCUCUUUUGGCUUUUCUGGUUGAGAACAUUUAUUUUAGGUUAUCGGCGUGCCGGCUGUAAUAAUUAUUUUAACCUCCUCUUUUAUCUGUAGUUUAGAUGAUUUAAAGUUAGCACAUAUGUCAAUAUUGUUGAAGUAUAAGACCAAUGAGUUUUAA